AACAAUAUGGCGGAAGUCCUCCCAAAAUUUUGUGUGCUUUUGUAAAAUAUUUCUCUUUAUGACUCAUGUAUGGUCCUCUGAGAAACACAGUUAACAUGAAAUUGUGUCCGUUUGAUUAAGUAAACUUUAGUCAACACGUUUCGAUAUUCAGAAAAGGAUGGAUUUUAAUUCUGGGGCCUAUUCCGAUCGAUAUAGAAUUGUUGAGAGAGAGCAAAUCCUCAGCAUAAAAAAUGCCAGUGAGCAGGAUAACCUAGCCAGAGGGAAGAAACUGUCUCAAGAAAACUAUAGAAGGAGAAGAGCAAUCGCUAUAAAACGUAAACUUGAAGCACAGAAAGAGGAAAAGAGACGGCAACAGAUUCUCGCCCAACGGCGAGAGAAACAGAGGGAGGCAACAGAAAGGUUCCAGCGUAGGAAUAAGUCCUACAAGGGUUCGGUCACACCUGAUAGCAGCCAGUACCAAGAUCAUGAUGAUGACAACCCAGCUCCUGCCUUGGAUGAAGCUCUCCGUGCGAUCCGUGGUAGUCCCGUCCAUCGACAGACCAGCACCGAUUCCCAAGGAUCUCUCAGUCACAUCAGGGCGUUCUCUCCAUCUACAUACACACCUUACAUGUCUACACCUGGGUACAACAGCAAGUCUGAUAAAUAUGCCUAUCUUUCACCAAGUCAGUUGCAUUCGCAGCAACAGCGGACUAAAGAACAUGCGACACAAGUCGCAGCUUACACCGAGCUGCAAAAUCGUAGUUUGCGUAAUUUGAACAGUAGUCGUGGUCUUUUUGAGCAGCAUUUGCAUCAGCAGCAGCAGCUGUUAGUUCAACAGCAGGAGCAGUCACUGCAUGAUUUCAAUACGGCAAUUAUGCAAGAAAUGCUGAAUGAUAAAAAAAUCGAAGGAGAAGAAAAUGAUCAUGAGGACCGUAUAGAAACUGAUAGCGUGUCCAGCGAGGAUAGUUUGAAUCGUUCACAGGAUAUUACUUUACGGACUAAUGCCGGCCAGAAUUCUAAACCUGUUGAAACUAAUCAGAACAAUUCGUUCCAUUUAACACAUGAUGACAAUAAUUUUUCUAUUGGUAGAAAUGGUAAUGAUGCGAAUAGAACCUUUAAUUUGGAAGACCAAGGAGAGCUGUUGUCUGGGUCAAAUAUUAAUGGUGUAGGUGCCCCGCUUGUUCAGUCGGAGACUGUGUUUCAUGUUGUGAGUGUAAACGGGGAUCAUAAUGGACACAUAUCAGAUGCGGAUGGUAAAGCAACUGAACCCAGUCAGGAGCAUAAUCCAGCAAUUUAUCGUACAAGUGCUUUCCAAAUUCACAACAAGGCUUGGAUAAAUUCUGAUCAGGCGUCAGACAAUAACUCUAAUAUGCUCACAUCCACAUCAAAUAAUAAACCUAACAGUCUGAGAACAACUUCGACUAAUGCUACAGCGACACACUCUGUGGCAAAAAAGGGUGAUUUCAUUGUUACGAGCAGUCCACCUCAAAUGAUGCCGUCACAACCGCAGUCAUUUAGUACAGCACAGACUACUAGUAAACCUAUGAAUACUGUGUCUGGGAGUACGGUCCCACAGGUGGCACCUAGUAGUAAUGGCACCUCAAAAUACACUGUAGUUCAGAAUGUUUCUAGUACCAACGGUGUGUCACAAUUACGGCAACCUACUGUGUAUUCACGAAUCGCAACGAAAGACAGUAUAAAACAAGGUACAAACGUACCUUACUAUAAUGUACCAAAUUCGGAUGAUCGGGUCGAAGAAGAAAUACAAGAUGACGUUUCUUCUAUCAACUCUUUGAUGUCAAAUUCAAAGGGUCCCGAGCCAGAGCUUAAAGUUGUGCGCAGCAUUCUUAAGAAAACUAAUGGACCCAUACCGGUUUUGGGAAAUACGGGGAAGAAGUCAAGUGGAUAUGGUGUUGCAAGUGCUCAACGGUCUGUGAUGCAGAACCCAAUCGUUCGCGACAGCCUCGAGAUUAAUAAGAAACAGAUUGAGGAGAAACACGAAAGACAAGAAAGGAAGAAGUCAGCAAAGAAGAAAGGUGUGCGUUUUGCUGAUUUGACGUAUGACGAUGACUCAAGUAGUGAGAGUGGCAAUGAGCAACCAAAGGAGACCAUUUAUGAGAUUGAGAAGGAGGAGGUGAAACCAGUCAUCAAUAAUCAAACACCAAAGCCAAAAGUCAUUUCAGAACGCCAGCUUGCCAGUAUCACUACAGUGAGCCACAAACCCCCAAGACCGAUUUCGGCUCGAGUCGCAGCUUCACCCAAGGCAACAGAGAAAGCAUCUCGAGUCUCCAGUGCUCCUGUUACAAGGAGAAGUGUUCAACAAGGUCGCAUAAUUCAACAUACCCCUGAGCAAAACCAGGGAGAUAAUGGCCAACCCCCAGUUCGACGGACAGCUUUUGGAGAGAAUCCUUCUCCAAGUAUUAGUGGACCGUUAGUGCGGAAAAACAGUGCUGAAAAUCACCGAGCGUAUAAUGAUUAUGAUAAUAACAGGGCUACUGAGGCCAACAGACAGUAUGUUAUUCCUAAUAGGAACAAUGAAAUAAAGGGUCAGAAUGGUCUGAUAGAACGGGGGCAGGAGAUUGUUAAUAUGAAUGGAGUUCCACUUGAUAAAACUCCCACCGAUGCUGAGAUCAACUGGUUGUGGGAUAAGGUGCGAACAUGUCUAAAUCGUGAAUCGUCAAAUAUCUCGGAAGUGAGUUCCCGACCGCCAAGUGGUAAACUUUAUAUUGACGGCAAUACGCUCGGUCCCAAUCAGCGGCAUGCAACAAGAGUAGCAUCAUCUCCCUCCGGACAGAACAAAGUGUAUAAUAAUCCGUCUGAAUCUAUAAACAGUUUAAAAAGGAGGGCAGCCUUACUUCAGGCCAGGAACAAGCAACAGCAGCCAAACACGCUGAAAGGCUACAAGACGAAUGAAACGCCGACUGCGGGGUAUUCGACCACCGUCCAGUACCCAUGUUCAAGCUCCCAGGGACCAAAUCAUGCCAAUGCUGCUCAGACCCAGGAGAUGAGUGAGAGUAUGGCAGCAUUCUUAACCGCCGAAACGCUCAGUGAGAAAAAUGUGUCUGAUAGUCAGAUCCAUAAUGCUAUGGACUCUGCACAAAAAACAAGACAACCUAUCAAGUCCCACAGUUCAGCGCCCAAGGAACCAACUGUGCUGUCACUCGAAGAGCAGCGACUGAUGCAGUCACUCGAGCGUCUCAAUGAAAGGCUGCGAAUCACAGAAGUAUCUGCUUCUCCUACCAAUGUGAAUCAUCCGAAUGUGUUCAGUCCUAAGACAACAGUGCCAGUAAGUUAUGAUACAUCUGGUUUUAAGGGUCACCAACCCCUUACAUCUCAUAACCGCCGGUCAUCGGCAGACGGGAGUAGGAACAUCCGGUUCAGGACGGGAUCUGGUACAGGCAUCAAUAGAACAAACUACGGUCGUCAGUACUGAGACUUGCUAACCCAUAAUUUGGAUGGAAUUCCUUUGAUGGUGUUGAGCAGAGCCCAGUAGUAUCCCGUCAGAUCAUGACUGUUCAUCUCAUCAACUUGAUUGUCAUUUAUUGCUUAUACAUUUAAGCUUUAAAUAGGCUGCCAAGUGCCAUGACAUGGUGGCCGGAACUCACAGUGAAUAAAAUUAUUGUGGACCGUGAUGUGGCAGUGUUGUCAUGAAUAAAGAGUAAACCGUCCAUUAAAUAUUCCUUUGUUUAAGUCCCGGUCAUUAUUUGACUUGUGUAUUUUUGAAAUACUGCUUCUUAAUUUAUUUUAAUUUAUUUUGUAAAUAUAUGCAAUGCUAUACAUUAUUAGGAAAUCCUCAUCGAGAUGAAUGUAUAUUGUACAUUUUACACUGUUUUAAAGUGAAUGUACUGCUGUACUGUUAUAAAAGCAUGACUGGUUCAAGAAAACAAAUUACAGCUUGGUGUGGACUUUUAUAGUAGGAGAAAGAGGGAUGGGCCAGCUGUGCUGUGGGAUGCUGCAUGAUGUCAUUAAAAAAUGCACAUAUUCUGAUACCAAAAUUUUCAGCUGUUGAAGUGGUAUCUAUUUUGAAGGAGCAAAAAUCUUGGUUUACGAAAGAAUACUUUUAGUUGUACAGUAGUUACCAGGUACCAGGUAGGUACCAGGCCUUUAAAACAUUCCAAGUACAAUUCUUUACAUGUGUUACCCAUUCUAAUAGUUCAUACUGCUGUACUUAUUUCAACUGAUGAAAUGAUCUGAUUCCGUCCAGUUAUGAUUUAUUUAAGUCAUGGUCUGAUUGAGUCAAUGUCUACGUAGGAUAAUCACCCUUUGGGCCUGUCUUUCUGGUUUUCGAGAAAGAUUGCGAAUUCCGUCCAACUUGGGCCUGCUGUACUAAAUAAUUUGGCAAAAGAAACGGGCAGGUGUCUGCAAGAACAGGUAAGAAGAGGUAUCCAGUUGCUUAAAGAAGGUUUUUGUAAUGUGAUGAACAAAAUGUCUGUUUUUCAAUGUGAAGGUUCAUAUGACCAGUUGAAAAAGAUCUGUGAAAUUGGUUAAAUUACUGUAGUUAGCAGAUGUCUCUCAUUCUUUUGUAGAGGAGGGUUUCCUCACAACUGAGAAAACAUUUGAAACGGGUUUGGGUGAAAUUUGUCAAAACACCUUUUUCUGCAUUGAUGUAAGUAAAUGUGCUGAACACGCUUGGAACACUGCAAAGGUUUAGAUUUAUUGAAUGAUAAAUUAUAAUAAUAAAUAGAUGAUAAUUUCAUAA